GCGUAGCCCCCUGGGCCUCUCCAAGGGGGACCUCUGCCUCCACUGGACACUCUCGGAGCUGUGCCAGGAGAUAGGCCAGUGGGGGCCCAGGGCGAUCCCUUGGUCACCUAUGCUACAGGCACGAGGGGGUUAAGGGCAUAGUCAGCGGGGCGGGUGCCCACAGCAGGGCCAGCGGGAGGCGGCGCCAGAGACCAGCAAACGUGCUUGUACAGCGGCCGCGUCCACUCACAUGAUGGCCCCGAGGAAAGCAGGAAGCCCGGCCCCACCACUGCUGCUGCUGCUGCUGCUGCUUCUGGGAGCAGCGCAGGACCUCCUUGGGCAGCAAGAGACUGUGCCAGGAGUGCCAGGGGACAACGGAGAAUCCGAGGACAAGCCCUGCCACGCAGUCUGCAGCUGUGGCCUGGACGAUGGCCUGGAGGGGCUCAACAUCUUCUGCAACUCCCGCAACCUCACACGGCUGCCUGCUGGUAUCCCCGUGGCUGCCCGGGCGCUGUGGCUGGAUGGCAACAACCUGACGAGCUUACCGACUGCUGUCUUCGCCAACCUGACGGGCCUGGGCUUCCUGGGGCUGCAGGACUGCGGGCUUCUCAGCCUGGAGCCGCCAGUACUGCAGGGGCUGCGGGCCCUGCGGCACCUGCACCUGGAGCGGAACCAGCUGCGGGCCCUGACAGCUGGCACCUUCCACCACACCCCAGGCCUGGCCUCGCUCAGCUUGGCCCACAACCUGCUGAGCCGGCUGGAUGCUGCGGCCUUCCGGGGCCUGGCCAACCUCUGGGACCUGAAUCUGGGCUGGAACCGCCUGGCCGCGCUGCCCGAAGCCACCUUCCAGGGUCUGGGUGGCCUGCGUGAGCUGGUGCUGGCUCACAACCAGCUGCCUUUCCUGCAGCCCACACUGCUCAGGGGUUUGGGUGCGUUGCGUCAGCUGCAUCUCAGCGGAAAUAUGCUGCGCAGCAUCCGUGCAGAUGUCUUCACUAGGCUGCCGCGGCUGCAGAAGCUGCUACUGGACCAUAAUCUGGUGGCCGCUGUGGCUCAGGGAGCCUUCUUUGGAAUGAAGGCCCUGCGCUGGCUGGACCUGUCCCACAAUCGCCUGGUUGGCCUCCCCGAUGACCCCUUUCCUGGCCUGCUGGGCCUGCGAGUGCUGCGCCUCAGCCACAACGCCCUAGGCAGCUUGCAAGCCCGCACUUUCCGGGAUCUGCACCUGCUGGAGGAACUCCGACUCAGCCACAACCGGCUCCGGCAGCUGCCUGCGCGUGCCUUUGAGGGUUUGGGUCGGCUGGAGAUGUUGGCGCUAGACAGCAACCAGCUGCAGGAAGUACAGGUGGGUGCCUUCCUGGGCCUCCUCAAUGUGGCCGUGAUGAAUCUGUCGGGGAACUGCUUGCGGCAGCUGCCAGAACACGCCUUCCAGGGCCUGGGUCAAUUGCACAGUCUACACCUGGAGGCCAGCUGCCUGGGCCGCGUGCGCCGACACACCUUCGACGGCCUGUCGGGGCUUCGCCGCCUCUUCCUCCGGGGCAAUGGCAUCGUGGCGCUGGAUGUGCAGAGCCUGGCUGAGCUGCGGGCACUGCAGGAGCUGGACCUCACUGACAACCGGCUGGAGCAGCUGCCUGGCCGCCUCUUUCAGGGUCUGGAGCAGCUGCAGUACCUGCUGCUGGCUGGCAACCAGCUGAAGACUCUGCCACCUGACAUGCUGUGGCCCCUGCGGCGCCUCUUCUGGUUGGACCUGGCACACAACCGCCUAGAGACGCUGCCUAAGCUGCUGUUGACACCUCCAGGCGCACUGCGUUUCCUGAGCCUUGGCAACAACUCGCUGGGCACCUUUGCGCCCCCCGCAGGCCUGGAGCGUCUGUGGCUGCAGGGGAACCCGUGGGACUGCAGCUGCCCACUCAAGGCUCUGUGGGAAUUGGCGCUCCAGCAGCCCCGUGUGGUGCCCCGCGCUGUACGCGCUGCCACUGCUGGGGACUGGGAUGGUCAGCCGCAGGUGCCCGCCUACACCUACAACAACAUCACCUGUGUCCGCCCGCCCAGCAUAGCAGGGCUCGACCUGCGUGAACUUCCCGAGGCACACUUUGCGUCCUGCUAACUUGGGGCCCCGCUAGAGGUAGAGUGUGCAGGGCAACUAACCCCAAAGUUCGCCAAUUAAAGUCAUUUAACAAA